UUCUCUUUCCUUACUUCAGUCCCCGUCUCUUACUUUGUGCAUUUCAUUCAAGGAUUGCAUCCUUCUGGUACUGCCUUUAUCUGUUUAACAGUUUUAAUAUCUUAUUGCCUAACUGACUCUGAAUCCUAAAACAACUGCAAAAGACUCCUGGAGCAAUAUGUACAUGAGUGCAUCUUCACUCUAGUUGUAGAAGUAAAUAUAUUAUAUCACACAGUUGUGUGUUAUUCACUUAAAAUCCAUUUGAUGAUUCUUCAUGUUAUAUUGUUCCACAACAGGAGUGUUUAUUACCUCUGAAAUGCAGAACUGGAAAUCGUGGCGACCUGCAUUUUCUUACACUGGGAAACCUAAGUGACCUACUUGCCUGGAAAUGAACUGAUGUUUGGUAAGAAGAGCCAAAAUUUACUAACAAUGUACUGAUAAUAAAACUUGGAAUUUAUCUCUGACAGCUACAAAUGGUUCAGCUAUGAGACCAGAUGACAUUAACCCCAGGACCGGGCUUACUGUGGCUUUGUUAGCAUCUUUCUUUUCUUUGGAUUAUGUUCACUGUUUCAGGGAUAAAGGUGAAACUUUGGGGGACAUUCCCUUAAUUGCCAUUGGACCAGCAAUAUGCUUGCCAGGGGUAGCUACUAUUAUAUUAGCUAAAAAGACAGAUGGGUUUACCAAAUGGCCUGAUGGUAAAUGUGUCUGCUGCAAGAAGGCAAAAGACAGGGAGGGUAUGGAACUGCUGGAAGCCUCGUGGGGGUUCGAAUCACGUAAAGGGAGUAGGGAUGAACUAGAUAAGCAUGGAUGCCAUGAAGAUGAGGAAUUAAAACAUGGAAAAGACUCAGCAUCUUCUACUAUCAAUCUGUUAGAAUCUAGGAGUGUCAUCCGUAGAGUGGAAGAAAAUGAGAUACUCAGGUACAUAGAGGAAUGCUACUCUCCAAACACCUUAGCAGCAAUGAAUGAUGAUGGUACUUUCUGGGCAGUGGGAAGAGUUUGUUCACCAAGAGAUGGCAUCGUCUAUAGUACUGUGGGACCCAGCAUCGGCCAUUCCCCUAUUGACAGCAUUGUUGUCUACUGUCAUGGGAGCAGCAGUCAAAAUGACAGAUACUUUUGCUAUAUAAAUCCUGGAAAAGUUGACUGGGAACAUGAAACAAUAGUGUGAUUGCAGUAAUCCCUGUACAAAAACU